AUAAAUCAAAAACUGUUUUAGAAUUUAAACAACUUAUUGGAGAAAAAAGUGAAAUUCCGGCUGAUAGGCAAAGAUUAAUAUAUUCUGGUAAAGUUAGCUUUGAGUGUACUCUUUAUAUUUUGCUUGAUACACCAGAUCUUAACCAUUUGGAAAUUUUGGAUUUACUCAUUAUUAAAUUAUGA